CGUUCCAAAACCCUAAGAGCUGGCAUUCACGGAGACACCCCUUCAGUUCAAGGCGCAGGGAAAGCCGCCACACUUGCAAAGAUCUCGCUUGCUCUCGAGUUGGGUCGUCUUCAAGGAGCAGCAAUGGGCGACACUGUGCAGAGGAUCCUAGUGCGGGCAAAAGACGGCAUUGCUCUACUCAAGGCGCCACCGGAGGAGGUCAAACCUGUUGACACUUUUACCAGGACUCAGGGCCUGCAGACGCAGUUUAGUGCGGAUGGAAAGCUUCUUGCCAUUGUCAAGCCCUCCGGCUCUGGCGUCAGCAUCAUUGACGUGGCGUCCUCCAAGGAACUACGCACUAUUCCGGCGAGCAAUGUGAUGGGGAUCGCAUUCUCCCCCAAGAACACGUUCCUGCAAACAUUCCAGAAAGCGGGCGCUCCGGGUGAGAAGAACCUUGUUCUCUGGAGCCUGGCAACGGGCGAGGCCGCUUUUCAGCAGUCCCAGAAGACCUUCUCCAAGCUGAGCUGGCCCUCAAUCCAGUUCAGCGAUGACGAAACAGUGGCUGGCCGGUGUGUGACGAACGAGGUCCACUUGUACGACCCUCAGGACUUUUCUCGCGGCAUAGUGGACAAGCUGCGGGUGCCGGGGGUGGCCGCUAUGCAGCUAGGCUUCGACCCGCCCUCCCACAUCGCCUGCUAUGUCCCUGAGCUCAAGGGCGCUCCAGCGAGCGUGCGCAUUUACGAGCGGGCCAACAUGGCAUCGGGCCAGCCCGUCGCGCGGCGCAGCUUCUUCAAGUCGUCGACCGUCAAGUUCUUCUUCAACCGCGGCACCACGGCGGUGCUGGUGCUGGCCGCGUCCGACGUGGACAAGACGAACCAGAGCUACUACGGGGACACCGCGCUGCAUUAUCUCGCGUGCGACGGGAGCAACGAGUGCACCGUUCCUCUCAGUAAAGAAGGGCCGAUCCACGACGUGCAGUGGUCGCCGUCUGGCAAGGACUUCGUGGUCGUCCAUGGCUUCAUGCCAUCCAAAGCAACCCUGCUGGACUCGCGGUGCAAGACCCUCCAUGACUUUGGUUCCGGCCCACGGAACAUGGUCAAGUGGAGCCCCCACGGUCGAUUCAUCUGCUUGGCAGGGUUUGGAAAUCUUCCAGGUGACGUGGAAAUUUGGGAGCGGAGCCAGCUGAAGCUGCUGGGCAAGACCCGUGCCCCGAUGACAGUGACGUGCGAGUGGGGCCCCAGCGGGCGCUAUCUGCUGUGCGCCACCACGUCGCCCCGGCUGCAGGUCGACAAUGGGAUCAAGAUCCUCAAGUACGACGGCCGGCUAGUUUAUCAACAGCCGUACGAUCAGCUAUAUCAGGCGGAAUGGGCCCCCGCUGCCCGGGACGUCUUCCCCGACCUCCCUCCGUCGCCCAAGGCAAGCAAGAGCGACGAAGCGUCCACGUCGGGCCAGGCCGCGGCCGCCGCCCAGGAGAAAAAGCCGUACAUCGCUCCGAAGCCCGUUGCAUACGUGCAUCCGCAUGCCGCCACGUCAGCGAGCAUCAAGUCGGCUCUCUUUGGGGAUGACGACAAGCCAAAAGCGUUGAGUAGAAGCGCCCAACGAAAUAAGAAGAAGCGCGAGAAGAAGGAGGCGGACGGACAGGACGCGGACGGCGAGGGCGUUGCUGUGGACUCACUGGCGGCCCAGGUCCAAGCAACCCAAAUCGAGGAAGCUGAAAUCCCGGGUGAGACCGGCAAAAAGAUUCGUGCGGUACAAAAGAAGUUGCGCCAGAUUGACGAGCUCAAAAAGAAGGCGGCUGACGCGGGAGGCGCGGGGGCGCUACCUCCGGCACAGAGAGAAAAGCUGGGGCAGGAAGCUGCCCUUAGGCAAGAGCUGGAAGAUCUGCAAAAGACGCUUUGAUCUUCUUAAGUUACAGUGCCGCAUCUGAUCCGAAUGGAAGUGCGCUGCACGUCGUGUUCAAGCUAUUGAAGCAAAGACUGAUCAUGAACAUCUGAAGCAAAACCAAGUAUGCCCCAUGGCCACAUUUGCGAAGUUUUACAACUGCCAAAAUUUGGCAACCCCGGCGCAAGAUUACCUUCACACGCGACACUUCGGAUAAAAUCAACUGUUGG